AUGCGCUGCCCUCCGUGCGGGUGCGCCCACGCCGGGCAGGGCGGCUUCUGCAGGCAGGGGCCAGGAGCUGUGCUCCUGCCUGCCAGCGCUCGCCGCUUCGCAGGAGGAGACGUACCGGGGCAAGGGAAACCAAAGCCCGCGGCAGGCAGCGGAGGGAAGGGGGAGCCACGGCAAGAAAACCGGCAGGAACCCCCCGCUGCCAGCGCCUCGGGGACGGCGCUCACAGCUCUGCCCUCGCCCCCGGUCCGGUCCCGGCAGGGCACCCACGGACACGGCCCGCUCCGCUGGUAUCGGGGAGACCGUGCUCCAGCAGAUGCUGAAUUGGAGCCUACUUCUCAACAAAGAAUAAACGCGGAGGAGGCCCAGCAGCAGAUCAUCCGAGAGAUUUUCCACCUGGUGCUGAAGCGGGACGACCACAUCUGCAAUUUCCUGGAGUGCGGCAGCCUCUUUGGCGGCUCGGACUACAAGCUGAUCUACCGCCACUACGCCACGCUCUACUUCGUCUUCUGCGUCGACUCCUCGGAGAGCGAGCUGGGCAUCCUGGACCUCAUCCAGGUGUUUGUGGAGACGCUGGACAAGUGCUUUGAGAACGUCUGUGAGCUGGACCUCAUCUUCCACAUGGACAAGGUUCACCACAUCUUGCAGGAGGUGGUGAUAGGCGGCAUGGUGCUGGAGACCAACAUGAACGAGAUCGUGGCGCAGGUGGAGGCCCAGAGCAAGCUGGAGAAGGCGGAGGGAGGCCUCUCGGCUGCUCCUUCCCGCGCGGUCUCGGCUGUGAAGAACAUCAACCUGCCAGAGAUCCCUCGCAACAUCAACAUCGGAGACAUCAACAUCAAAGUGCCCAACCUGUCGCAGUUCAUGUGAGCGUCCCGCGGCGGGGAGGGC